GCUGGCAUAUCUUGCGGUUUCCGUUUGGAUAACUUGCUGCACAGGCCAAGUCAUUGGGAAUUAUCCUGGUGUCCAGUAUGAGGCUCUCCGGGACGACCAUUGCUUGGACCCGAACGGCACGUCCUCUGCUCUAUACUGCAGCACCAUUGUCCCACAUGCAAGGAAGGCAUGCGACGAUGCUGAAGGCAAGUAUGAUGACAAGAUUGCCGAAAGCAAGCACGCGUGCAUCCAGCAGUGCACAACCGAGGGUGACCUUUGUGUUGGAGUGCGGUGGCAAGCAGUCCUGAAGCACUGUACCAUCCUCUACGGUACCUGCCAAGACUCUGAUGAUGGAGUCAACUUUCAGAGCGAGUACUGGCGGAAGCUAAUUCCCUCGGACUUCGACAUCGCCAACGUGGGCCGCUGGACCUGCAACGGAACGAUGCUGCCUUGCAGGGAGGAUGGCAUGGAUCCAUGUGAAGCUUAUGACGGCUGUCUCAAGCUUUACCAUGGCUGCGGUGGGAAGCUUGUGCAGUGCAGCCAUGAUGCUUCCGGCGUCUGCAAGGGCAACACGCAGUGCUACAAGCCCUGUUCUGGGCAGCUGCGGAGGGGCAAGGUUGAUUGCAGGGAACUUGACAGAGCUAUGUGCCUUCACAGCUUCGUGCGAAGAGGUGACCGACUAGGCGAGGAGUGUAUGCUGGUUGACGAGAGGACUUGUGUGCCGAGGAGAACAUGCGGGGUGAUCUAUGCGGAGUGA